GGAAAACAGAAGCAACCACCACUCCCGCCGGUGCAACUACCUUCGGAGUCUGAAGCUCUCGCCACUCACAUUAUAAUGCACGUCCCUGCCAUUGUCUCGGUCCUUGUUCUUGCGGCUGCCACCGUAAAAGCUGUCCCAGACGCAGGCAUAGCUGAUGACGGUGCCGUCGAAAAACGCCAAGUCAACAACAACAUUCAACUCUUCAACGGGCCCAGCUUCCAGAACCCCAUAUUUCAGGGUUCCGCUAAACUAGGAAGGUGCAGGAACCUACCCGGCAGCGCCGUCAAUAGGGCUGAGAGCGGCAAGGCCAAACAAGGCCUCCGCUGCACGAUUUUUGACCACUCCAAUUGCCAAGGUGCUAGCUACACUAUCAUCGGGAACGACCCCAAGUUCUGCAGAUUGAGGAACAAGGCGAGCAGCUGGAAGUGCGUCAGAGAUUAG